UUUGAAUAGUUGAGCCACAUUCAUCGGUGUUGACACUAAAUUAAAAACCUUGAGCUUUCUUCCUUCCCGAUUAUUUCUUCCCAAAAGAAGAAACCCUUAAAAAGAAUCCCAAAAGAUCCGAUCUUUACGGUUUUAUCUCUCAAACUCUAUAUACUUUCUUUUCCCAAAUCUUUCGAGAUCCAAUUUUUUCUUUCUUCAAACAGAAAGUCCAUAUCCUAAAAUGCCACCAACAUCCACCACUUACGGCACCAUCACCUCCAACCCAACCACCUUUCCCUCACAUGCCAAACACACGCGCCGCCCGUGGCCAGAGCUAUUCUCCCUCUCCUCUUUCUGCCUCCCCAUCUCUGCCGGCGAUGCCAAGGCACGAAUAAAGCUCAACCUCUCUUACUUUCGCGUGAACUACGUAAUUAUAGCGCUAACGAUCCUCUUCUUAACUCUCCUUUGGCACCCUACUUCAAUGAUAGUUUUUCUGAUAACUUUCAUUUUCUGGUGGUUCCUGUACCUCUUUAAUGACAACCCAGUUGUUAUUUUCAACAGACCGGUGGAUGGUAAUGUUGUCUUGGGGGUUUUGAGUUUUGCUACUGUGCUUUUAUUGGUUUUGACUCAUGUGGGUAUUAACGUUUUAGUGGGGUUGAUUAUUGGGGUGGUUGUUGUUGGUAUUCAUGCUGCCUUUAGAGGAACUGAAGAUUUGGGUUUUCCCGGUGAAGAGGAGGAAAACGGGUUGCUUUCUGUUGUUGGAAGUCAGCCUUUGAGGCCCACUUCUGGAUAUCAUAGGAUUUGAUUUGUUUUCGUGGUGAAUUUUGCGAAUGUCGUUAUGAGGGUUGAUUUGAAGUUUGGUUUUGUUGCUAUUAAAUUGUGGAAUUGGAAUGGAGGAAUUGCUUGUUUCAUUUUUGUUACAUGGUCCUUCUAGUUGUUAGGAUUUUGUUUGAGGUCUGGCCUGUGGUGAGGUGUUAUUAGUUUAAUCUUUGAAGUGGAUGGUAUUUGAGUCCUUGCUUGUUUCAUUCAUGAAUUCAUCAGUGUUGUUGUUUGAAAUUGAACUAGAGCUGAUAUAAUGCUGUUUUCAGGUUUGAAUUGUUGUGGAAUUUGUUGGUUUUUUGGGGCUUUGCUUUGAACUGUGUUCAUGGGGCUAAUGGUGUGUUUUGGUCCCGGUGCUGUUUGGUUUAAGAUUGUGGAUGUAGGAUGGGAGGCGUCCUUGUAAUCCUUUUAGUGGUUAGUGCUUGAGGAAUGAAUUGUUUCAUUCAUGAAAUGAUCCCCUUGAUUGUUCAUCAUUUGGAAUUGCCACUGUUAUUAGGAGAAGAAAGAUGGGUUUUUGGCUCUUGGUUGAAAGUGGAUAUAACAAGUUGUUUUAUAUUCCUCAUUGGUUGAAGCUCGAAAGUGGUGAGAUCUUGCAGCAUAAUAGUUCACAUAAUCUGGCAAUAUAGCAGAAAGUGUGGCUGCUGGUUUGAUGAUAAUGUUGAUGGGAUUUUAUGUUUUGGUAAAUUAACAUGAUUUUUAAAAUAAAUUUCGUGGCUGUGGAUAGGGAUGAUGAUGGUGCAGUGUUGCAAAGGCUGACAAGUAUGACACUGAAAUUUUCUAUUUGCAGUUUUGGCAUGGGAGCUUAGGGUGAUUAGUUUGUUAGCAUAUUGCACUGAUUCGGGAAGUAACUUUGUUUUAGGCACUCAAGUGUAAUCACUAAUUUGUUGGCUUCUGCUGUAGCACAAUCGGAAUGAAUCUAAUGAUCAAUCAACUUUCUUUCCCUGCAAAAA